AUGGCGGCGUCGUCUUCGUCGUCGUCGUCGUCGUCGGGGCCCGGCGUCGGCGGGGGCCCCGGUCCGGACGGCGGCGACUUCCUCUCCCGCUACCGCCUGGUGUCGACGAAGCUGAAGAAGCGGUUCCUGCGCAAGCCGAACGUGUCGGAGGCGGGCGAGCAGUUCGGGCAGCUGGGCAAGGAGCUGCGGGCGGCCGAGUGGCUGCCGUACGCGGCCUGGUGCCAGCUGGCGGUGGCGCGCUGCCAGCAGAGCCUGCUGCACGGGCCGGGCGAGGCGCUGGCGCUGACGGAGGCGGCCCGCCUCUUCCUGCGCCAGGAGCGGGAGGCGCGGCUGCGGCUGGCCUGCCCCGCCGCCUGGGGAGAGCCCCUGCAGGCCGCCGCCGCCUGCCUGGCCGGCGCCGCCAACGCCAACGCCGGCGGGCGGCCGGGCCCGGAGCGGGCUCCGCCCAAGGCCGGCAUGGCGGCCGUCACGGCGGCGGGCCCGGGGCUGGAGCUGGCCGCCGCCCUGGCCGCCUUGGGCCGGCCGGGACCGGCCGCCGCGCAGUUCGUCGGGGCCGCCCGCCUGCUGCUGCCGCCGCCGUCGUCGUCGUCGUCGUCGUCGUCGUCGCCGCCGCCGCCGUCCAUGGCGGCCCUGUGGGCGCUGGGCCGGGCCGCCUCCUGCUGCCUCCUCCUCCGCGACCACGACGCCGCCCUGACCCUGCUGACGCGUCUGCAGCGGCUGGCCCGGGCCGCCUCCUCCGCCUCCAACGCCGCCCUGGCCGACGUGGCGGCCCGCUGCGAGGUGACCCGCGUCCUGCUGCUGCUCCUGCUCCAGCCGCCGCCGCCCAAGCUGCUGCCCGAGCACGCGCGGACCCUGGAGCGCUACUGUUGGGACGCCCAAGGGGACGGAGCGGGGGGAGGCCGGGACGACGCCGGAGCCGGACCGGGGCGGACCGGAGAGGACCGGACCACGCCGCCCCCGCUGCCCGAGGGGCUCUUCCUGCUGCUGCAGUCCCUGGUCGUGGCCGCCCACGAGAAGGACGUCGAGGCCGUCAAGGUGCUGCAGGUCGAGCUCUGGCCGCUGCUCUGCGCCGAGCAGAACCACCUGCUGCACCUCGUCCUGCAGGAGAUGAUGGCCCCCUCGGGCCAGGGCAUUUGAGCACCCCCCACACGCGCGCUCGACCCACCGAGAAAAUCGUCUUGUUCAAGAACGGGUCCCUUUCCCCGCCCUCGUCACCUCUGGGGCAGGGAGUCUCCGUCCCUGGAGACUCUUGUCCACCCUGCCACCUGAGAGCCCGAAGGGCUUUUUGUCCUGCUGCUGCAGUCCCUGGUCGUGGCCGCCCACAAGAAGGACGUCGAGGCCGUCAAGGUGCUGCAGGUUGAGGCCGUCAAGGUGCUGCAGGUCGAGCUCUGGCCGCUGCUGUGCGCCGAGCAGAACCACCUGCUGCACCUCGUCCUGCAGGAGAUGAUGGC